GGUAUGCUAAUCAGGCCACUGACUUCCGGUGCGCGCGGGAAGCUUCGGUUCCGAGUGUGUGGUAGAGGUUGAUCAUCAUUGAGUGGUUGAUCAUUUGUUCUGUUCAGCAAAGUAGCCUUAAUACUCACUUUACAGCCCUAUAGACCAACAGGCUGACAAACAGAAUGUUGCAGGUGCUUGUCCUGUCAAUCUUAUUCGCUUUCGUCUCAGCACAAUCAAGUCUGUCUGAAGAGUGCAAGAAGAAGCUGACGUGUGGCGAGUGUAUCCAAACUAGUCCAGAAUGUGGCUGGUGUGAAGACCUGAAUUAUUUCUGGGGUGGUCAACCAAGUCCACGAUGCAAUGACCUUCAAUCCCAUAGAGAGAAAUUCUGUAAAAGAGUUGCAAACCCAAAAUCAAGUUUUGACACGUCUACUGAUUCUCCAUUAGAUGAUAGAGUUAAAGUCUCUCCACAGAAUAUGACGUUAAAUUUAAGGCCAGGCCAACCAACUACAUUCAAAGUAAAAGUUCGUAUGCCAGAAAAUUACCCUGUUGACCUCUACUACCUUAUGGACUUAUCUGGGUCUAUGCUUGAGGACAUUGCACAAGUCAAGACUUUAGGGCAGAAAAUUGCUGAUGAAAUGGCUAAUAUAACUACCCGUUUCCGCCUUGGUUUUGGCGCAUUUGUGGACAAGCCUCUCGCUCCUUAUAUUGACACAUACCCUCCUGUGAGAGCUCAUCCAGAUCUAACCAAUCCUAGCUCUGUUCCUGCUUUUGGGUUUAAAAACAUGCUGUCUCUUAACAAAGACCCAAAAAAAUUUGAGUCUACUGUGGCUUCAUUGAACAUUUCCGGCAAUGUGGACAGCCCGGAAGGUGGCCUUGAUGCUCUAAUGCAGGUUGCUGUCUGUGAGAAGGAGAUUGGCUGGGCAAACAAGCUUGAGGCGCGCCGACUUGUCAUCUUCACCACUGACUCAGGAUAUCACUUUGCAGGAGAUGGACUGCUUGGAGGCGUUGUUACCCCAAAUGAUGCCAAAUGCCACCUUGAGGGUAACACAUACGCUGCAUCAACUACACUUGACUACCCCUCUGUUGGAAGCCUCCGUGAGACACUGCUGCAGUACCAAGUGGCGCCUAUCUUCGCCAUCACAAAGACUCAAGUAGACAUAUACAAGACCCUUGUUUCAUUCUUUGGGAAAGAAACUGGUGCCGUGGCGGAGAGACUAAACAGCGACUCGUCCAACGUUGUACCUCUUAUUCGAGAAGCUUACUUGAAAAUCGCUCAGACACAGACCGUCACAGAUACAGCCCCGGAUGGCAUCAAAGUAGACUACACUGCCAACUGCCUCGAUGGACGACGUGUCGGCGAGAACACUUGUACUGGUGUGAAGAUUGGAGAAGAGGUGUCGUUCGAUGUUUCGGUUACAGCUACGGAUUGCAGCAAAAAAGUUCCAGGGUUUUCUCUGAAGACGGCGUUUGGGGAUAUUGAUAUCUCUUUGAAGUAUAUCUGUGACUGCCAGUGCGAAAAGCCUGAAAACUCGAUUGAGGGAAGUAUUCACUGUAGCACGAAUGGUACCUUAUCCUGUGGUGUCUGCGAUUGCGACCGGGGAAGCGCUGGCCGCCUUUGUAACUGUCCUGCAGGCUCACAAUAUGAACCAAAGCGAUGUGCCCGGUCUAACGCCACUGAAGCCUACGCAAUGUCUACAGAAAACGCGAUCACCGGUGGUAACAGCACGGCUCAAGUGUGUAGCGGGCGUGGCGUGUGUGACUGCGGCGAGUGUAUCUGCACUGAGAGUAAGACGAAGGGUGAGAUUAUUUACGGCAAGUACUGUGAGUGUACCAACAUGGACUGUCCUCGCGACCCAGGCAGCGGCUUGCCUUGUGGAGGCCCUGAGCAUGGUAUAUGUGACUGCGGAACGUGUAACUGCACAGGAAACUGGACCGGACCUGACUGCAUGUGCACAAAGAGCAACGAGACGUGUAUAAGGAAUGGGGUCCUCUGCAGUGGGCGUGGAACUUGUGAAUGCGGGCAAUGCGUUUGUAACGCGACAUCUGGAUACGUUGGAGCAUUCUGUGAUGACUGCCCUACAUGUCCAGGCCAGUGUGAGGCGAAUCGAGACUGCGUCCAGUGCAUGAAAUUCGGCACUGGCAAACUUGCUGGUGCGGAGUGUGCACCUAAGUGUGGCGGUAUACUGUUCGAGAUGGUUGACGAAAUCAAGCCAGAGAUGGGUGAGAAGUGCCUGUUUGAGGAUCAAGACGACUGCUUCUUCACGUUUGCUUAUAGGGAAAAUGAGAACCAAGAACUCGUUAUUUACGUGCAAAAAGAGCGAGACUGUCCGGAAGAGGCUGAGGCUUUGGCUGUCAUUCUGGGUGUGGUGGGUGGGGUUCUAGGAGUUGGGCUGGCGCUGUUACUGAUUUGGAAGCUUCUAGCAACGAUACAGGAUCGCCGAGAGUUCGCUAAAUUUGAAAAGGAAAGACAGAAUGCUAAGUGGGAUACGGGAGAAAAUCCUAUUUUCAAGCAAGCAACAACGACGUUUCAGAACCCCACCUAUGGCGGAAAAUAAACCCCGAAUUAUAAUUGUUGUCACUCAAUCUUUAAGCGCACCUUCACUUGCGGGUAUUCCUUGGCAAGAUAAUGCAUGUCAUAUGGUGUACCAUUUAAAGUUCCGGGCGUCGUCGAUUGGUACCAAGCAAGUCUUUGUAAUCAUAGCCCAUUUCGUUAGUAUGGAUACCAUGAGAUAAAGAAAAAAGCCUCCAGCAAGAGAAAACACAUGUUGUUAGGAUAAAACAAAUCGUUUUCUAAGGCGAAGGCAUUACCUUGUACAUACCGCAAAGCAAAAUAACUACGAACAACAUGUGUAUAAGAUAAUUUUAUACAGUAAAAGAGCAGCAAAGUUGGAAGAAAGGAACUGUUGUUUUUAAAAUUAUGUAAUAGAGAAGAUUUAUAUACGAAAAAUGAUUCCUUCAUAUGUUGUCUGGUUAACGGUAGUUGUGUUUUUAAAGCUUCUUUUAUCGAAUUGUAAAAUCCAUAGAGCAGAAUGCAUAGAUAAUAAUUAACCAUCAGGUAUUAGUGAAUUUCCUUUAUUAAAAUAACUUUUGUUGUGAA